AAAUACAGCGACACAAACGUUAACCAUUACUCAGGCGGCGGGUUCUGAUACGUACACGUGUACAAUGGUCAGAGCUACAGGAAUAACGGCUACCUUUACGAGUGCUACAAGUACUGCGGUUAAUCAACCUACUAUACCCACCACCAUCACUGGCGUCUACCUGUCAAGUGUCGCAAGUCCAGACCCCAGUGGACCCAAACCUGACGUUCCUCCAGUAAUCUCUGCCGAAGCAGGUAGUACUGUGAGGGUGUACUGUGCGGUUAAUGACACGGAUCUCAUCGUUACAGGAUCUUCAAGUCUUACUUACAAGUGGAAGAAGGGUACUGGUGAUAUAACCGGCGAGACCACUAAUACAUUAACUCUCUCUAGUCUCGCGGUUGGGGACGCUGCGAGUUACUCGUGCGAAGCCACACUGGGCACCACACCAUACCCUUCCAAUCCGGUGCAACUUAACGUUGAGAGCAAGAUAAUUGACUCUGUUCAUCUUGCCGUGAUACCAACAACUCCUGUACUCACGGGUUACGCCGUCCUUGACUGUCAAGUAAAGAUCGCAGACUUACGCCGGGUGAGCUACAGUUGGAAAAAGAACAGCAUUACAAUGCCCAACGUCACCGACAGAGCAUUGCAGAUUAAUAAUUUGGUUGCCUCAGACAAUACAGCGUAUACAUGUACAGCCACUGUUGGCUUCGAUUCAGCUACUUCAAGUUCAACCUCUUUAACAGCAGUUGCUUUAGACAGUGAAACACCUUUGGUUACAUCUUUAAGUGUUAAUUUUGGACUUGGAAACAAAUACACUCUCACAUGUGGGGAAGCCUACACUAUCCCUGGGCUGACUUACAGAUGGUAUGAAGGAGCCACCGUAGUGGAAGGCCAAACCUCAAAGACCUAUGAGAUAACUGUUAAAACAGGGACGACAAACUACAAAUGUGAUAUCGCUCUUGGUAGCAAAACAUCGCUUAAAAGCGCCACCGGUCUCAACGUUGUUGCCAAACAACUACUAGAAGUGUAUAUCAACGUGGGAACUGUCAAAAUGACAGGAACAUACACUCCAGUUACUGGAACUAGUGUCACACUCACCUGCGUGGCCACUACAGCAGCAGGAGCAUCUGGUACAGUCACCUACGCAUGGACUAAAGGUGUCACUCCUACAGGCUCGGGAACUUCGACUUUGACAAUCACUGCUGGCACCGAUGAUGGAGCUUAUACUUGCACAGCUGCCAUUGGAGUUGAAUCCUUACCAUCCGCCGCAUUGACCGUUACAAGCGCAGUGGCUGUUGCAAAACCUGUAAUAGGCGGGUCACCAGAUACUUAUAACGGCGGUUCGAGUACAUCAUACAGUGAGGGAGGUAACUAUGUACUAACAUGUGCAACAACCUCUCAUACCCCAAGUCUAAUUUAUGCCUGGACCAAGGAUGGUAACCCUGUUGGUAACAGCAGAGUCUAUCAGAUAACAAGUGCCAAAAAAGGAGCAACAGGAGAUGAUGGAAGCUAUAUAUGUAGUGCCAAAUCGGGAGCUCUAGCCGCAGUGGCCAGUGAUCCUGUAACUAUUACCAUUGGAGAUAAAGGAAAGCCAUGUUUAUACGUUGACGACUGUGAUGGUGACCAAUAUGCUGAUGUUUGUGAGAACAGUCGAUGUGUGUGUGCCACUGGCUACACACUACAAGGAAACACAUGUUCUGGACAAGGAAUAGUGACCAUCUCUAUGCUGCUGUUUGUGUUGUGUGGGCUCAUCAAACUGAUCCUGUAACUGGACAACAGUGGACAACAUAGUCGAAUGUUUAGGCUAUAGGAUUACACUGUCUUACACAUUAAGAUUUGUCUAGUCCUCUGCUGGAAUAUUAUGAUUGUGUGUUGUAUUCUACUAAAACAUUGUUAUUUUUUUUUUUCAAAACUAUGACAAGCCUGUAUCUGAAAGUCCCUAAAGGAUUGCGGUACAAGCUUUGAUUUUAACUUUGAUUUUUAUUUUUUUCUACUUGUAUGUGUUUGCUUUAUAUUUAAGUGGUUGUGUGUGAUUUAUAUUCUUAAAAACUUUUUAUUAAUGAUUGAAAAGAAGAAAUGUACUGAAGAUUU